AUGGCACGAAAACAAAAGCCAAGCCUACCAUCUCCAGGAGAGGCCUUGUACCCUCUGGAUGGGAACCCGGAAAAGGCCUGUGUUGUAAACACGAAAGGCCUAAAACUCACUAUCUACGCAUGGCGCGUGCAGAAGCCUAAAGCAGCAGUACUGUUUAUUCAUGGUGUACAAACUCAUGCGAGGUUCGAGUUUCUCAGGCAUCUCUCACCAGAAGAGCCGGACAUCGCGUUGCCAGCAGCUACUGGGGGAACCACAACUGCAGCAAACGGAGCAUCGGCAGCAUCAGAAGCAGCAACUCAAGGGGUAGGAAAGGAUUCCUGCGGUUCAAAACAAGGCGAAAGGCAGUACCUUCGUUGGUGCAUAUACGAGGGGAGCUGGGUGCAACAGCUGAAUAACGCAGGCUGUUCUGUCUAUGCGGGGGACCUUGAGAGUUUUGGGCUCUCAGAGGGAUGGAAAGCCCGCCGCUGUAGCGUUGAACGCCUUGAUGACUUGGGAUGCGAUGUGAUCAGCUUCGCUGAGUUCGUUGCUGAAGAUCUAAGCAAGCAGAGCCAGCAGAAUAGUGACAAUCAUAUGCUUCCGCCGAUUUGCCUCGUGGGUAUUUCUAUGGGCGGCUUCUCCGUCAUACGGGCACUCGAACUCAUGGGAGAGAGAAAUCAUUGGCUGCUUUUGCCUUCUGGUGUACAUGCUGGUGGUAUUCCCGUUCCUGUUGCAGAAGGGGCUGCAGCAGAUGGGAAUGCGGCAGAUGGGGCUACACCAGAGGGGGUCGUUGCCCCUCCUACUACUGCCAACGGGACUUCGCAUGGCGCUUUGGCUUCUCAACGGGCUCAUAUCGUUGCAUGUGUAGGUUUGGCGCCGAUGCUGGCCAUCGAGAAGGCAAGUUCUGGUGCAUUUAACAGAGCAAUAGCUAAAGUAAGCGGAGUUCUCUCCAAGGUCACUCCGCACGUUGGCGCUGUUAAGUUGCCCCCCGCACGGCUGCGCUGGGUUGACGUGCAGAAGGAUGAGGACCCGUUGGUAACCUGCCCUUUGAAAAUCCCAUGCCGGAUGGCAGCUGAAGUGUUGACUGCAGUCCCUCGCGUGCAUGCUGAAGCCAAGUCUAUCCCCCAGCAUAUUCGCCUUAAAAUCAUCCAUGCAAGAGAAGACUCCAUUGUAGAGCCACAGGGUAGCAUUCGUUUUAUAAACGAGUCCGCUACGCACAUCACCGAGCGUCAGCUGCAAAUCCUCGAAGGGGAACGGGGGCACUAUCUCGUCAUCGAGCCGGGAAACGAAGAAGUUCUCAGAGCUAUCAAGGAAUGGUUUAAGAUAUGUUAG